CAUUUUCCCUUUCAUCAAUUCUCUUUUUGCGAGAAAACAGAAUCGGAUUUUCUCGCUGCCAUUUGUAUUAAUCUGAAGCCACAACGUUUUGUACAGAACUAAAAUCGUUUUUAAGACGUCUGGUUGGUUUGCAUUCGUUUGGAAAUGGCAAGAUCGAAAAAUCGUUCUGAAUCGGCUGAUUCCGAUAAGGCUGAGAAGAAGCAGCGCGGCCGGGAAAAGGAAAGAAAAAAGCGGAGCUCUAGCAGCAGCGAUAGUAGUGGAAGUUCGUCGGAUAGUAGCUCUUCCCGGAGCAGUUCCGGAUCGAGAUCAAGCUCGUCGAGCAGUAGCUCGUCAUCAUCGAGUUCGUCGUCUUCGUCGAGUAGCGGAGCUGAUCGUUCCCGCGCUAAGCGCAAAACUACCACCAAAUCCCGCAGCGCUAGUCCAGUAAAAGAAGCACCAAAAAAGUUGGAAACAGUUAACCGUCCUAAGUCAAAGGAACGUGUGGAACGGCGUAGCUUAGAUCGUGACAAUGACAAAGAAAACAAGCAAAACAAAACGGUUUCACCUGAAAGAGGUAACAAGGACGGUGGACGCAGUCGGCGAUCACGAUCUGGAUCAGUCAAAAGACGCAGAAAGGAACGAUCCGUCACACCAAGACCGACUCGCAUCCAUGUGGGCUCGUUGACAAGAAAUGUCAUAAAAGAACAUAUUGUCGAAAUAUUUAGCAACUAUGGAGAAAUCCGUAGUGUUGACUUUCCAACGGAUCGUUUCCAACCGUUUACUCGCGGUUUUUGUUAUAUCAACUUUGCAAACCCAGACGGGGCGGAAAACGCUAUAAAGCAUAUGGCCGGUGGACAAAUUGACGGACAAGAGAUUACAGCCACUGCUGUGUUGGUCCAAAAGACACGUCCACCGAUGCGUCGUCCUUCGCCUAUCAUGAGAAACAAUAGACCUCCACCCCGUUGGCGUGCCUCUCCCAGACGCUACCAGAGAAGAUCUCCGAUAAGACGCAGUCCUCGUCGCAGGCGAUCUCGCAGUCCAGCCAGAAGAAGGCGUCACAGCAACAGCUCGGACAGCUCCCGCUAAAAAAAAAUACCAUCGGAUUUUAUUACAAAACGGUACACUUUGAUUGUGUGUGUUUGAAUAUUACCGCUGCUAAAAACCUGGAAUAUUUUCUUCACUGGGAUAAGAGUUGAUUAUCGUCGAUCAAGAGACAGGACGCAAAAAUUCUGACAUUUGCACUGCGCUUCAUAAAACUUACGAUUAAAAUCACUUAUUUUUUAGUAUUAGAACGAUCCAAUAAUCAAUAAAGAAUCAGAAAAAAACAA